GUAAUUUUCAAGUUCUGUUAAAGUGCAUAUCAGAUAUCGCCCGACAAAUCGCAUCGUGUAACAGUAACGUUUGCCUAUAGUGAAGACCGGAAAAGCCGUCCAGGAGAAACUAUGCCGAAUUAAGCGUAUUGCCACAUGUUGCUCGCUGCAAAUGAUGCAUUUUUAAAGAUAACGUAAUCAAAACACCUGCCGUUUUUUAAAAAAACAAAUCACAAUUCCCAAAUCAGCUUUAAACUGGAAUAGCAUAACAUAGCUGCUUCAUAUUAUAAAUACAUAUAUAGCUAAACUUUGCAAAUUUAAACUUGAAUAUACAAUGGCAACCGUGAUACCGGUUCAAAGUACAUGGGGAUUAAUAACUAUUGGACUUGGUUAUCUUAUAUUUGGCUCCAUGUUAACGGCGUUGUUUUUCUUUCUUGACUUCAUGGAUGCGGACAAGGACGUGGAUUACAGUCACGACCAUGCACAAUAUUGGCUUGGAUUCCCAGUACGUAUGGGAGGUUUUCUAUAUUAGCUUAACAAUCAGAUUAUUAUUGAUAAAAAUAUAUAUAGACCUGCAUAAUUGAAGGAACUGACAACGGGACUGAUAUCCCAUGCUAGGCCCAUCCAUCAUAACAUGGCAGGUUAUUCCAUAGGAGUAGAAUUAUGUUGAAACAGCUAGAAAAUAUAUGAAAAAUGAUGAUUGAUAAGAAGUUAGGAUGGUGUUGAUUGGAUAAAUUGAAAUGAGUAGAGUAAGACCACAUUGUAUCUUGGUCGAUAUUAAUUUCGUCGAUAUAUCGAUAUAAAUUUCAAUUCGUGCAUGGGACUCAAAGUAACAUAAAACAAUCAUAUUCACCUGAGUCGAUAACAUCAAAACAUGCACAAAAAUAUAACACAUAAGGUCUUUCAGUUCAAACGCAACAACUUUUAAAUGUAUAUGAGAACUACAGUCCCACUAAAUUGGCUGCCUUCAUUCCAUUUCAAAUUUUCUGCAACAAUGCAAAUCCAGAUACUUAGUCCUCUGUCUUCCUUUGCAUCUUUCCCUUCAAUUUAUGUCAGUAGGCUGUCUCUAGCACACCUUGUCUUAAAAUUUGCCCAGGAAACCCAACUGCCCAUAUUGAAGAAUAUGUUCCCAGAUAACAGGCAGCUUUUCGGAAAAGUGAUUUGUUUUUGGUUCCAUUCAAAUAAUUUGUUGUGUUCACUGUUCAGAGCAAUAAAAUUUAUUCUUCUUUAGAAAGCUUCCGUCUAUUGGAAGUGGUUUUCUCGGCAUACAGUACAUGCAGCUUCGCACUGGUUUGAUGUUCUUUGUCACCAGACUCAUUCUUCCUGCUCUUCUUAAUACCUCUUCAUUUGUCAAUCUUGUCAGCCACGCUCGUCAUUGUUUUGUCACACAAACUACAUCUCAACUGCUUUAAGUCCUCCUCAUAUGUUUUUCUUCACAUUCCAUUUCAACCCUUUAUACAACCGUAUAACAAUGUCCAUAUAACAAAACAUUUCAAUAAUCCCAUCCACACAUCCAUUGUGAUGUGGCAACGCAACUCGAGGAUGUAUAAAUUGGAGAUGCUUUCUUCACGACGUGAUGAUGUUCAGCUUCAGGAAGUUAGAACGAUGAAGGGCCUUCGCUUGAAACCGGUCGAAGUUAUCCUUGUACUUUUCAGGUAGUUGCAUCCUAAUCACACCGAAGCUUUAUUAUUACUCUGCAGAAACCAUUGAAGAUUAUAUCAACUCUAUGCAUGAAGGCCUACAGUAAAGGUCGUGCUGGAUAAGCAUACUAAUCGAAAUUCUAUCAGUUGUUUCUGAACCGAUAACGCUAUAUGAAACUUGAAACUUUAAUUGAUUCGCCAUACAAUAUACAAUACAAUCACAAAGAAAGAACAAACGUAAAUAGCAGAUAGCGAGGAGACCUCAUUAAACCACUGGGCUUAUCUAGUGAGGUGACCUCAAAUAACAAAUAGUACAGUGGAAUAAAUACAAUAUUUUACUCAAAGAGCGUAUUAUGUGCGUGACGUAUAGAUAUUAUUUUUAGCAAAAAUUCUAUCAAAUAUUUUUUAAAAGUGGAAAUUAGACUAGACAGAUCUUUUAUAUGUGGUGGUAGAGCAUUCCAAAUUUUAGGACCUUGAAAGAGUAUAGUAAAUUGUUUUAGAUUUCUGUGAAUAUAUGAACUAAUGUUCUGUAUGAAUAUAAUAUAUAGAGCUCGAGUGACUUAGUUCCAGCAAAAACGUAAGACUCGUAAAGUAAACUAUAUGAACUCACUAAACUAGAAUUGAAUCUAUUUUUAUUCAUUCGAUAUAUUUUGCUUUACAGGCAAUAAUUCUUGGCAUAAUUGUACUUUUUGGAGGAGGGCAAAUAUCAAACAAAUCGGUAAGACAACUUAAGAACGUUGUACAUUAUGUACAAAUAAACAUAUCGUGCACAGCACAAGAUACAAAAGUAGAUAGGAAGUAUAACAUUUGAUUUCGGAAGGAGGAAAUUUUGAACUAACAUUUUUUCCGCAUUGCACUAUUCAUUUUUCCUUUUCAGAAAAUUAUCCGAGUAUGUCUGAGUAUAUAUUGUUUUAUAACUUCCAUUGUGAGUAUUGUUCUCGAGGCUCCGGAUUGGAUGAGAUAUCUUUCAGAUAACCGAUCACCUGAUCAAAUUUGCAAACUGGCAAUGAUUGCUGUUCCUGGAUUACAAAGAGGUAAAAGACGUUUUUACAAUCAUGCAUUGCAUGGUUGAACAUUUUGUCCUCUAUUUAAAUCCAGUUGUAAGCAACUACCAUAUAAGCGCAUACAUACAGCAUAUUCGCGGAGUAAAAGACCAAAUAAAUUUUACACACAUAUCUAUGAUAAAAACGCACAAGUUGUAACAAAUCUGCAGCAAACUCGUGCACUGAGCAAUGCUGUUCCAACAAGAUUGACAACUUGUUGACAAGUUGUCAACGACUUUUUGACAACUUGCUACAAGGUUGUUGAGCUCAAAAGACUUGUUACAAAUUGUUCCAUGCAACAACUUGUUAUCGUCCUGCAUAAUUGAACAAGUUGUGAGUGACAACCUUGGAGCAACAUUGUUACAACUUGUUGACAAGCUUGCUACAAGCCUCAUGUUGCGAACACAUCUUGUUGACAAAUUGUGAGAUUUUUACGUGCGUACAUUUAAGGGAAACAAGAAGGACAAAUUAAAAGGGAAAAUGGCAAUUGGGUGUAGAUAAAACGCUGACACCAAAGUGACAUUUUUUGGACAUAAUAAAUUGGACAAUAUAGCAUUCAGCUUAGCCUUAAUUUGACCGUCUUCUCUUGCUUUUCUUAAAUCUUGAGUUUCAUGAUGGAACAUUUCAGAGUCUGUUUCAAGAAAUUUAAGUUCUUCACAUUCUGCUAAUAUUUCAGCUUUCUCCGAUAGAUGUAAUUUACAAUGCUUUAUACAGUACCGUGCAACAGUGAAAUGAUUAACUCAUUUUCAGUCUCAACAAUGUCAUAAUUCAUUAACACAUUUUUUCUCUCAAUAUAUUUUCAUAGAAAUGCAGUAUUCAGAGUACAGUUGCAAACGGCGAACAUCCUAUGCAUGGUCUGUUGGUUUCAUCACGGUUUCUGCUGUGUUGCUCAUUAAUUACAGCGUUUGUUCAAUCUUACUGCAUGUAUGGUUGGCUAUAAAAGAUCAGGUAAAACCAUAAUGACAUAAACUUAUUCCGAAUUGUAAAUACAGCAAUAAUAUUAAUUAAAUCCUUGCAUCCAUGACCCAGAGUUAUGUGAGGUCAGUGUGGAACACUCUACUCAGCACUAACACCAUAAAACAAAUAAAUGAUACUCAGGGCGUUUUGGGGAUCGAGAGGGGGGCAUCCACAGAUAGGGAACAUACUUAAUGCUGAAUGUGGAGAGAUACAGAUGGUUGUUUAAAAUAUAAGAUAUUUACAACACAAUCACAAUCAUUUGAAGAUUAAUGACGUGACAUACCCAUCCUUUCAACUCUGUAAAUCUUAUAUUCAAGGAUCAAUUACUAGAAUAUCAAACAUCCGUUCUAAAUUUCAUUUUCUUCCAAUGUUUUUAUGUUUUGCUUAUAUUUUAGAGAAAAUAGACUCCCCAGUUAUGACCCUUAUCGUAAUAUUUAUAAUAUUCUAAGUUUGCUUUUUCCUAGAUGGCUUAUAAAAUGCCAGAUUAUCCUGCUUACACAGUCAAAGAGAAUAAUAAAACUGCAAAAACGAAGAACGAAAAGACGGACGGAUCAGCGAACAUGGGUUUUGAAGAAAAUUGAGAGGAAAACGCAGUCAUAUAUGUCAUGUUUUUGGUAGUGCACACGGUCAAUGGUCACAGUUUUACAGCAAUAGAAAGUAAAGCCAAAGGGAGGAUAUUAUGUUAAAAUGUGUAAUGUGUAGCAGACAAUUUAUAUGUAGUUUUCCUUGUCGGUAAAUAAAGCCCAA